AGAAAGGGGGGUGGAGAUGUGGAUUAUUGCUGCUGUGUUGGAGAGAGCUGGGGGUAGAAAUCGUAAGUCGGGCAACUUUCGCCGUCCGUCGUCUGGGCAAAUUAAAACCGCGUCCUGUCACUUCGGCAGGGUCUCCCGCUAGGGGUCGGUCCACCUGCCAAAACGCUUAUAGUGGGAAGGAUCGGCCGUGGGAUAGAUUCCGCGAUGGUGAGGGGGGAGGGGGAUAUCAUGGACAUCUUGGCAUCUUUGGAGAGGAUGUGAGAGAUCAACAUGAUCGUCCGUCUGGUGUGGCGCCAGCGAACGGUUGAGCCGUACCCCUUGGUAUCUGUCAGCCUUGCAAGAUGCACAACCACGACCGCCGACAGCCUUGUGAGAAUCUCAUGGUUGAGCAGCGGCAACGAUGGUGUUACUGCUGUGGUGGCAUAGAAGCGGAUAUCAUAGAAGAUAUCAUGAAUAAGUGGUACUGAACGUACUGUAGACAAUUCGGUAUGACAUGACAAUAUGAAAUUCUUGGCCCUCACCAUUCCCACCACCGCCGUUGUUGGCGCUUGGCGUGGCUGAAGGCGCAGUCACCAGCCAACAUUACAUCUCGACCAGAGUGGCUAUAAGCGUGGCGCAGGUCGCACAUAUCGCACCUUUAUCCAGAGUAUGAAUGCACUAUGGGUAUACGGCACUGCAAGAGACGGACCGCGACUUGGCUGCGACACUUGACUGCUUUAAAGCCGAGUCCUCCCACCUGCAGUGCUCUUCCAACAAAUGUGAGUCUGAGGUAAAUUCUUCCAACAGUCUUCCAAUAGUUUUCCAACAAUCCUCACCACCUCUACUCCAACCUUCACUGCACACACUACACCCCACAUCAUCCAUAUAUAUCCUCCCCUCAAUCACCAUGCCGCCCAUCUUCUUCUGGGGGGACACAAACCCCUCCUUCGCCUUCCUCUCCCAAGAUUCCCAUGCCCCCUUCCACGGCAACGAAACCGAAACCGUCUGGCCCACCACAGAACACUACAUGCUCUCCAAAAUGGCCAUGCUCUUCGCCGCCCCCGAUAUCGCCGCCCGCAUCGGCCACGAGCCAAACGUCGAGGACAUCCGCGCCCUCGCCCGCGGCGUCGACAACUUCGACGAGAAGAUAUGGGAAGAGGACCGCUACGGCAUCGUGGAGGAAGCUACGUAUCAUAAGUUCGCGCACAGCCUGGUGCGUGACCGAGAUCUGAAAGCCGAGUUACUCGCGACGGGCGAGGAUGAGCUUGUCCUUGCGUCGCCACGGGAUGGGAUCUGGGGGAUUGGGUAUGAAGCUGGGGAAGCGGUGGGGCAGCGAGAGACGUGGGGGAUGAAUCUACUAGGGAAGGCGCUUAUGAUGGUUAGAGCGUGGAUUAGGAUGGAGGAGGCUGGUAGCGCGUCAUGGGAGAAGGGCGGGGCGGUUGAUGUCACGGCUGAGCAAAGGAGACGUGAUAUGCCGCUGGAAGUGCAGACCUACGAGGCGUCAAAGGGAUACAUCUCACCGAGCGACCACAAGCAUUGGGAUUCGGAGCGAGGUGAUGGGUUAGCUGGUGAGUACUACGACAAGACGAGGGAGUUCGGACCUCCGGGAGGCUAUCCCAACGACCAUGGGGCUGGAGGACCGGAACAGACCGACGGGACUAAGGCUAUAGAAGGGGGUGCACCCGAAGCUUCAGGCUCUGACAACGCACUUGCUGUUAUUGGUGCCCUUGGGGCCGGAGGACUUGUAUUACACGAGGCACGUGGUGGAUCAUAUGGAGUGGAGGAGGAGGAGGAGGAGGAGGAGAAUAGCGUUGAUGAACUGCGCAAGGAAGUGAUUGAGAAUCUCCGGAAGAAACCUGAGGAGGACGAGGACUCUAAUCGGAAGAGGAGCCGGAAGAGGAAGAAAAGCCAGAAGAAGAAGAAGAAGAGGAAGAAGAAGAGGAAGAAGAAGAGGAAGAAGAAGAGGAAGAAGAAGGGGAAGAAGAAGAGGAAGAAGAAGCGGAAGAAGAAGGGGAAGAAGAAGAGGAAGAAGAAGCGGAAGAAGAAGAGGAAGAAGAAGAGGAAGAAGAAGCGGAAGAAGAAGAGGAAGAAGAAGAGGAAGAAGAAGAACAAGAAGAAGCGGAAGAAGAGGAAGAAGAAGAACAAGAAGAAGCGGAAGAAGAGGACGCGGAUUCAGAUUCAGAUGGAGAUUCCGAUUAGGAAGGAUGAACUCGGAUAUGAAUGCAGUGCACGCAGUUCGCAUCCGUCCGGGUGUAUGAUUGAUGAUUCAGAGAUCGCAUCGCAAGAGAUUCCGCAGCCGCCAGGCAAUGAAUCCAAUUAA